GAUGUCUUCAGGGUUGCUGAAAAGGCCUGGGAAUUCCUUGAAACUAGAGUUCCUCGGUUCUGUCAUAUGCUCCUGGAAACAGAGUAAAACAACUAAGGAAAUUAGCCAUUCCCCAAAACACCUGAAAAAGAACUGAAAUCUGCAAACAAAAUUUCCAAAAUCUACCUCUAGGACUAGUUCCAAGCCCUGAUCACCCUCCAUCUUGAUAACUGCUUUUGGAUAGACUGAGUGUGGUGAGAAGCCCCAGAGGUUGGAGGAGUAAGAGAUGCCCAGGUCCUAAUGGUCAAUUCCGGAGAGACUACAGAAAAGAAAUCUGUAGGAUUUUCACCAUACUUCUUUUUCAACGGUUCAGUGUCACAGGGGAGCAAAGAAAGAGGAAGAAAGAGAAAGAGGGAGUGGAGAAGAAGGAAUCUCACCAAUUGGCUCUUAUGAGACAAUGCUUGCUGUGAUAUUAUAAAGACCCAAUUACCGACCCGAAAGAUUCUACCUCUUUUCAAGACCUCAGCCAAUUACGAGCUACCAACUACUUAUAUCUAAGUUUUCUGAUAUUGAUGCUUCCAACGCCAGUUAGCAUGGAUACCACAGAGUUCCGAAAGAGAGGGAAAGAGAUGGUGGACUACAUUGCAGAUUACUUUGAGCAGUUAGAUAAGAGGCAGGUCUAUCCUGAUGUGGAACCGGGAUACCUGAGACCCCUCAUUCCAGACUCUGCACCUCAGGAACCUGAGAGCUUUGAGGAUGUCCUUAAAGAUGUUGAAAGGAUAAUUAUGCCAGGGGUGACCCACUGGCACAGUCCAUACUUUUUUGCCUACUUUCCUACAGCCAGUUCCUUCCCAGCUCUUCUUGCUGAUAUAUUGUCUGGUGGCAUAGGAUGCAUUGGCUUCUCCUGGGCUGCAAGUCCUGCUUGCACAGAGCUGGAGACAGUCAUGUUGGAUUGGCUGGGAAAGAUGAUUAAUUUGCCUGAAGAGUUUUUAGCUGGGAAGGACGGAGAAGGUGGAGGAGUCAUUCAGGGCAGUGCCAGCGAGGCUACUUUGGUUACAUUGCUUGCUGCCAGAACAAAAACAAUCAGAUGUGUCCAAUCAGAAAACCCAGAAUUAACAGAGGCAGACAUCAUGAGCAAGUUGGUGGCCUAUGCAUCUGAUCAGGCCCACUCAUCAGUGGAAAGGGCAGGAUUAAUUGGUGGAGUGAAGAUUAAAAAUAUCCCUUCAGAUGAUAAAUUCACUGUUCGCGGAUCAGCCCUAAAGAAAGUUUUGCAUGAAGACAGAGCUGCUGGUCUUAUCCCAUUCUUUUUUUGUGCAACACUCGGAACCACACCUUGUUGCUCCUUUGACAGACUGUUAGAACUGGGUCCUAUUUGCAAUAAGGAGAAUAUCUGGAUGCAUAUUGAUGCAGCAUAUGCAGGGAGUGCUUUCAUCUGCCCUGAAUUCCGACAUCUUCUAAAUGGCGUGGAGUUUGCAGAUUCAUUUAACUUUAACCCUCACAAAUGGCUCCUAGUGAAUUUUGACUGCUCUGCUAUGUGGGUGAAGAAGAGAUCAGACUUAACAAAUGCCUUUAAAUUAGAUCCUCUUUACCUGCAGCAUUGUCAUCAGGAAUCUGGGCUUGUUACAGAUUACAGGCACUGGCAGAUCCCUCUCGGCCGAAGGUUUCGUUCCCUGAAAAUGUGGUUUGUGUUUAGAAUGUAUGGAGUCAAGGGACUACAGGAGUACAUCCGUAAGCAUGUAAAACUGUCACAUGAAUUUGAAAACUUGGUACUUCAGGAUAAACGAUUUGAGAUCUGUGCUGAGGUCACACUGGGACUGGUGUGCUUCCGACUAAAGGGCUCCAAUGAACUGAAUGAGGCCCUUCUUAAAAGCAUAAAUGAUGCCAGGAAGAUCCAUCUGGUUCCAUGUCACCUGAGAGAGAAGUUUGUGCUACGUUUUGCCAUUUGUUCCCGCACAGUGGAGUCUGUCCAUAUCCAAUUUGCCUGGAAGCACAUCUCAAAGCUAGCAACUGACCUUCUGAAAGCACAGGACAAGCAGCAGCAGUGAGGAAUGGGAAUGGGGUAAGGAGUGUUAAUUGAUUUUCUCCAUGCUGCCGAGUUUUCUUUAGUGGGAGGGGGAAUUAUGAGGGGGGAAAUAUAGCUAUUGAUAUUAUAUGGCCCAGCUACACUACCAAAAUGACUGUCAGCAAAUUGCGGUGUAACAUGGUCUCCUGAUUGCAUUAUACCAUGAUUAUGGCCCUGUAAAAAUCAGGGCUGUAAGGAGUUCUAUAAAUGGUUUUAACACUGUUUGUUCUUGCCUAUGUAGACAGGACCAAAUUAUCUUAUUAUAACACAGUUGGAGCACUAUCCGGGUCUAUUUGUAAUCAUGGUAGUUUUGCAAGUGGCCCUUGAAGACAUCUGCUUUCCUAGGUGGCAGAGCCAGUGGUAAGAAAGGAAUUAGAGGAACUCUAAUAGCUCCUAAUGUAACAGUUUUCUAUAUAGAUUCCUCUACCUUCCCUUAAAAAGGGUUAGCUUUGGAGGCAACCAUCCUCUUAAAAUGCAAUGUUCUACAUAUUGCUAAUUCUAUUUGCCUACAUAGGUACAGUAACUCCUCACUUAAUGUUGUAGUUAUGGUCCUGAAAAAUGCAACUUUAAGCGAAACGAUGUUAAGCGAAUCCAAUUUCCCCAUAAGAAUUAAUGUAAAUGGGGGGGUUAGGUUC